AUGGAGAUCCAAACUCACAUUAGCACUUUCUCUAUCAUCUUCUUCUCCCUCCUCUUUUCUCCAUUAACAUCACUAGCUUGCCAUCCCAUUGAUCAUCAUGCAUUACUUCACUUCAAACACCAAAUCACCUUUGACCCUUCCAACCUUCUAAAUUCAUGGACGCCUCAAACCGAUUGCUGCAAAUCAUGGAAUGGCAUCGACUGUGAUUCCACCGGAAGAGUCGUUAAUGUCUCCCGUUCUGGUCUGGUUUCCGGCGAGGAUUUCAUCCUCGAAACAUCCAUGUCCGGUACUCUCUCUCCUUCUCUCUCUAACCUUUCGUCUCUGCAACUUCUUGAUCUCAGCAACCUUAAAGAUUUGACCGGUCAGAUUCCGCCGGAGUUCGGGAGACUAUCUCGCCUGACCCACCUCUUUCUUGAUUCCAAUAAGCUCUCCGGUUCAGUUCCGGUCACUUUCCAAUUCCUUUUCAGGCUGGAAAAACUCUAUCUCAGCGAUAACAAUUUCAGCGGGAGAAUCCCGCCGGCGGUUUUCAGAUCUUUUAGAUCGCUAUUGGAAAUUGGUCUCUCAGGGAAUCAGUUUUCAGGGAAGAUUCCAUCUUCGAUUGGGGACAUGGUUUCGAUAACAAAACUUGAUUUUCAUGAGAACAAUUUUUCUGGAGUUAUACCAGUAACGAUUGGAAAGCUAAAGAAUCUUAAAUUUCUGGACUUAUCGGAAAAUCAGAUCACCGGAACCAUCCCGGAAUCUCUUGGAUUACUGUCGGAAUUACAGAUUCUGUACCUUAACCAAAACCAACUUUCUGGUUCCAUUCCUUCUUCAAUUGACGGCCUCAUUUCUAUUCAAUUCUGUCGUUUGUCGGAAAACGAACUAACCGGCAUUAUCCCACCGUCCAUCGGCAACCUUCCGAAGAUCCAACGGUUGAUCUUUGAGAACAACAAGCUCACCGGAAAACUACCUGCCACCAUGGGUCAUCUGAAGACCCUCACCGAUAUAUACUUUUCCGGUAACCGAUUCACCGGAAACAUUCCUUCUAGUUUCGGCAAUUUACACAAUCUUCAAGCGCUCGAUUUGUCAAGAAACAAUCUUUCCGGCAUGAUUCCAUCCCAGCUUGCUAAAUUACAGAAUUUGCAGACUCUAGAUUUAUCAUUCAAUCCUCUGAAGCUAAUACGAUUACCGAGAUGGUUUUCAAAACUGAAACUUUUCCGACUAAUGAUGGCGAACACCGGAAUCCAAGGUCCAUUUCCGAUCAUUCUGUCGUCGUCAUCAACAAUCUCAUCUUUGGAUUUGUCCAGCAAUUCAUUAACAGAUGAACUACCACAUUGGAUCGGAAACAUGACGAAUCUUUCAUUCCUGAACUUAUCAAACAACAGAUUCAGCAACCCAAUUCCACCGGAAUUCGAGAACCUUUCACUCCUAACGGACCUGGAUCUUCAUUCAAACAACUUUUCCGGCGACAUAAACACUAUUUUCAAGAAAAAUGUACAAGACCCGCUUGGUCAUUUCAACUCAAUCGAUCUAUCAUAUAACUCAUUUUCAGGACCUAUAAAGAUUGGCGAUGAAGCAGCGAUGGAUUCGAUUGUUUCGUUGGUUCUAUCUCAUAAUCCGGUGGGCGGAAUCAUCCCGGAAUCUUUGAGUUAUGGAAACGAAUUGGCGAGAAUCUUGAUUGCAAGGAAUAAUUUGAUGGGAAAGAUUCCGAAACAGUUGCUGAAUUUGAAGAAUCUGAAGGAAUUUGAUGCAUCUGGAAACAGACUAAUUGGGGAAAUUCCUGGGCAUAAUGCAAGCAUUCCUGCGUCUGCAUUUUUGGGUAAUCCUGGCUUAUGUGGGGCCCCACUUCUGCCUUGUAAGCAUCCUUUUUGAUGACGUG